CAUAUUACAUAAACAAAACAAUCGGAGCCGUCAGAACCGGAGCGAUCCUCUUCCGAGUGAUUUUCCUUCAAAAAGCUUGAAUCUUUCUUCCUACCCAAACACCUUCUUUCUCGUAUCUACAAAAAACAGCGAAUCAAAGGAAGACAGAAAGAAAAGAAGGAUUUUCAUAUUUCCAGAAAAAAAAAAGACAAUAAAUACAAACGUAAGCGAGACAAUUUAUAGCUCUUCGGCGGUUGUGCCGUGAUAAAAUUGGAAAGAGAGAGAGAGAGAGAUUUUUUUUUUUUUUUUUCCUAAGAAAAAAAGAAAAGGAAAAUGAAAAAGCAUCUGACGAUAGUAUUGGGUUGUUGGGAUUUUUAACUAUUCUACCUUUUUAUAUCUUUUAUUUUUUUGGCUCGUGAAUCCGUGUGUUUCAGCAUCUCUUAAUGAUCAUUUUGGAAAUCUGAAUUUUGCGUUUGAGAAUUAAAAAGUUUUCGGUUUCUUUGGGUUAGCGAUUUUGGGGAAGAAGAAUUUUAGGAGCUAGGGCAUCAAUGUGGUUCUGAUUUGUAAAUGUGGGAAAGGAAUAGUUUGAAUUGGGCAAUUGGGAUUUUCGGAAUUGGUCGAUGAAGCUGCGAUGUGGUGUUUAGCAGAGAAAUGGAGGAUAGAUCUGAGGUUAUACAGGUUCGGUGCGAUAAGCUUCCUGCUCCUCCCAGGACUCGUUUACAGGUCUGGUUCAUUCGCGUUUGCUCCAGCAUUGUGGUCUGGACGUGUUUGUUUCAGAUAGUAGUUGUUGGGGAGCUAUGGCAUCCGCAUUUACUCUACAAAAUUACAAAUCGGAUAUCACAGAUAACCCAGCUUCCACUUCGUGUGGAAGUUGCCGUUCAAUCCCCACCGUCUCUCCCUCCCGCAAGAAAUUAUACUAGUAAUGGUUUUCUUAGAGUGUCCUGCAAUGGGGGCUUGAAUCAAAUGCGUGCUGCGAUCUGCGACAUGGUGACUGUUGCACGGUUUUUGAAUCUUACAUUGGUUGUUCCGGAGCUCGAUAAAGCAUCUUUCUGGGCUGAUCCAAGUAAUUUUGAAGAUAUCUUUGAUGUGAAACAUUUCAUUGAGUCACUGAGAGAUGAAGUCAGAAUUGUCAGAAGGCUGCCUAAAAAAUUUCACAGGAAAUAUGGAAUCAAGCCACUCGAGAUGCCUCCUAUUAGUUGGUCAAAUGAGAAGUACUACAUGCAACAGAUUCUUCCACUUUUCAGCAAGCAUAAGGUGUUACAUUUUAACAAAACAGAUGCACGCAUGGCAAACAAUGGAUUACCUCUUGAUCUUCAGAAACUCAGGUGUCGUGUAAAUUUCCAGGCACUGAAAUUCACAUCUCAGAUUGAGACAUUGGGGUACAAAUUGAUUCGUAUGCUUCAAGAAAAGGGACCUUUUGUUGCUUUGCAUUUAAGAUACGAGAUGGACAUGUUAGCCUUCUCAGGUUGUACUCAUGGAUGCAGUAAAGAAGAAUCUGAGGAGCUUAAACAAAUGAGGUAUGCAUACCCUUGGUGGAGAGAUAAAGAGAUAGAUUCUGAAUUGAAGAGAUCGCAAGGUUUAUGUCCUUUAACUCCAGAGGAGACAAUAUUAGUUUUGAAAGCAUUGGGUUUUGAUAAGGACACACAGAUCUAUAUAGCAGCUGGUGAGAUUUAUGGUGGUGAGGGGAGACUUGCAGCACUAAGAUCAGCAUUUCCUCGGAUUGUCAAAAAGGAAAAACUUCUUGCACCAGAGGAAUUGCAGCAAUUCCAAAAUCAUUCAUCUCAAAUGGCAGCUUUGGAUUUUAUGGUUUCAGUUGCCAGCAACACUUUUAUUCCAACCUAUGAUGGAAACAUGGCGAAACUUGUUGAGGGCCAUCGGAGGUACCUUGGGUUUAAAAAAACCAUCUUACUUGAUAGGAAGAGACUUGUAGAAUUGUUGGAUAUACAUCAUAAUGGGACACUUCCAUGGAAAGAAUUUGCAGAUUCUGUACAAUCGGCUCAUGAGAGAAGAAUGGGACAACCAACUCGACGGAAAGUUAUCAUGGACAAGCCGAAAGAGGAAGACUAUUUCUAUGCAAAUCCUCAGGAGUGCCUGUGUGAGGAAACAAGCUGUGAUGACUUGCUUAGCCCUGGUAACUCAAGCGGAAAGGGAUGAAUUCAAGCAGCCAAAUUAGCAGUCAUCUAGGAUUUGUUGCACGGAAAGCUUCCAAGCUAGUAAGAUGAACCCCCCACGUCGCAUUUCAUAACAGAAAAGCCUUUAAUCACCAUGUAUACACACACAAACACAUCAGAAUUUUGUAGGAAAAUGGCAUAAAGGACGCUUGAUUUUCCAUCUGAAAAUGUGGUAUUCAUUCUUUUAAUGUUCAUAUAUUUAAUAUAUAUAUAUUUGUUGUCCUCA